AUGCGGCGGUUGAUUGUCAUUUUGUGGCCAUGUCUUCUCUCCUCGGCAAUUAAUGCGAUGCAAAUUAAAGAAGGCGAGAUCAAACAUUUCAUUGAGGUCUUUGUUAAGUCGCGUGGGUAAGUUGCGUUCGGAAAAAUUUUUGACUUUUUUCAGCAAUGACAGUAACGGAGACUUGUAUUUCGCCCUCACUAGUAAGUUAUUUUCAAUUUUUAUACGUUUUUUUAUAUUGGGAAACACUUUCGUUUUACGGCACAGAAAUAAUUUUCUCUUAAUUUUGCAGGUUGGAGAAUGGAACUGACAAAAAUUUUUAGCUUACAGUUGCCAAAAAAAUUCGCAAAGGUGUAGUUUCGAACGUAUAUGAAGCUUUACCAAUUCUAUUAUCAUGUUUUCAGCCUACAACGAGUCUCUCUCCGUCUUCCAAACGCAUGAAUCGGUAGAGGUGCGAGGAGGAGAGAUAGUCAACCCGGCCUUAAAAUUGGCCCCAUUUGGCGAUUCUUAUCAAAUCCAUUCAUUCGUUCACUUAAGCGAAAAGAUGACUCCAACAUGGAAUUGCCCGGAUACUUUCCGGAUAAUAAAACGUUGGGGAGAAUUCAAACCGAAUGCUUCGGUCGGGAAAAAAUCGUAAGUAAUCAGUAUAAAAAUUACGCGCGACAGUUAGGGUCAAUACAAAAUUGAUCGAUACGGGGCGUAGGGCAGGAUGUCCAAAAAAGGUUGUAGGAAGUACCUACGAGGAUUGGAAAAGAUGCUGGAUGGUCGGCAGGCGCUAGGCGAAGGUUCGGGGAGAUUUGGCGAAGCCUUGCAAUAUGUCCAAUUUUGCUAAUUUAAGCUGUUGCUAACCUUAGUUUUCUGUACCGUGAGUUAUUGUAGCAUAUAAACAACCAAAAUUUGAGGCGAAAAACGAAGAUUGUUUUGCAUAAUUUGCAAGUGCUGGCACUUUCCUCCUCUUUUUCAACAUCACCCAUAUCGAAACCCCCCAAAAAAUCCGGCAUUCCUGGUGAUUUUCAAUCGAAAAUGUCCGAAAUUUCUCGAUCAUUUUCAACCGAAAAACCCUGGUUUUCGGGGUAGAGAUGCCUCUACUUCAGAAGGUCGUAGCGACCUCAGUUUGCACUUUGAAACUCGUUAUUUUGCAGACAAAAACUAAUGUCUUUUAAAAAUACAUAUUUCAAAUACGACGUCUCUGCGCCGCCUCCGCCGGAAGUUAAAGCCUUCCACUUUCCUUCACGUUUUUUGUAAGACCCUGUAGAUGGUAAAUACAUGUGAAAUACCUCAAAAUAGACGGUAAUCUGUCCUAGGAGCCGAUCCAUGUGAUAUGCAACACACAUACGUAUAACUAUAACUUAUGUAUGUAUAUAAUUUUAUUUUUUCAGACCUGUGGAAUCGACAGAGACACUGGAGAGCUCGAAACGUUCGAUGAAUCCGAGGGAAAGACUUUCUACAUGUACCGAGCUUUCAAUUUCUCGGUUCCAUGGGAAUGCAGCAAACGUUUCUGCAUUUUCACCAAUUUGCUAACGUCAGUUUUUUUUAUUUUUUCUAAUUUUAAUUUUUUUUUCAGCGGCGAAGAAUACGAGAUUCCCUCCGACUUGAAGACGUUUGUCGGCGACGCACCAGGAGAAAGAAUCGCCAUGGUCCCAUUGCUGACCAUCCAGUCCCCUCUGGUGGUGGAGCAAUUAAAACGCUAUGGGAACUCGGCCUCUGGAAUUGAAGGAUUCUGGUUUACACUCGUCUUGGUCUACUUUUUGCGAUAUAUGUUUGAGUAG